AGCAGGAAAAAGAAAGAAAGAAAAAGAAAAAAAGAAAAGAAAAAGCAACUGAGAAGGGUUAUAAAAAGAGCAAAUACCAAGAAGGGUGAACAAGAGAAGAAAGUCAAGGCAAGGAGGAGCCCAAAGCUGGCAGAUCGGGAGGAUUUGCAGGGGAGAAGGGGGGGGAAGAUUGGAAAUGCAGCUCUGGAGUUUGCUGCUGCCUCUUGCGCUUCUCUGUACAGCCCUAGCCAGUGGACCCGAAUGUGGGAUGGACGAGCGCUCCCGCAGGGCGAGAAGGGACACCAGGCACAGCCGCCAGCUCCUCUACACUGCCCCGGGCACCUGUGCCACCAGGUUAGCCCGAGGAAGGCGCUCCACUGCUGGGCUGGAGCCUGGGCAUGUCCCCCGCAGGAGGCAACAGCGGGAGGUAGAGGACGGCGAGGAGUCCCUUACCCCGAGCAGGGCGCUCUAUUUCAGUGGACAAGGUGAUCAGCUGCGGCUGAAGGCAGACAUUGAGCUGCCCCGAGAUGCCUUCACUUUGCAAGUGUGGCUGAAAGCUGAAGGAGGACAGAGAUCUCCGGCUGUCAUUGCAGGACUGUAUGACAAAUGUUCUUACACCUCCCGUGACCGAGGAUGGGUCCUGGGGAUUAACACCGUCAGUGACCAGGGGAAUAGAGACCCCCGCUAUUUCUUCUCUCUGAAGACAGACCGUGCUCGCAAAGUGACCACCAUUGCAGCACAUCGCAGCUACCUCCCCAACCAGUGGGUUCACCUGGCUGCCACGUACGAUGGGCACCUGAUGAAACUCUACGUCAAUGGUGCCCAGGUAGCCACAAGCGGAGAGCAGGUGGGCAGCAUCUUCAGUCUUCUGACGUUGAAGUGCAAGGUGCUCAUGGUUGGAGGAAAUGCCCUGAACCAGAACUAUCGGGGUUAUGUGGAGCACUUCAGCCUCUGGAGGACAGCCAGGUCUCAGAAGGAGAUCUUGUUGGACAUGGGCCAGGCUAUUCACAGACAAGACAUGCCUCUACCUCAGCUAGUUCUUCAAGACAGUUUACUGAAUGUGAAAAACACCUGGUCUCCCAUGAAGGAUGGCAGCAGUCCUCAGAGCAAGUCCAGCUACCAUCACGGCUAUUUGCUGGAUACCAGCCUAGAGCCUCCUCUCUGUGGACAGACAGUCUGUGACAACACGGAUGUCAUUGCCAGCUACAACAAACUCCCCAGCUUCCGCCGUAACAAGAUCGUUCGCUACCGUGUGGUAAAUCUCUACGACGACAAACACCAGAACCCCACAGUCAGCCAGCAGCAGAUCGAGUUCCAGCACCAGCAUUUAAAUGAGGCUUUCAGCCGCUACAACAUCACCUGGGAGCUGGAGGUGCUGGAGGUGAAGAACUCAUCCCUUCGGCACCGACUCAUCCUGGCCAACUGUGAUAUCAGCAAGAUCGGGGACGAGAACUGCGAUCCUGAGUGCAACCACACCUUGACCGGGUACGACGGAGGAGACUGCCGGCAUGUACGCCACACGCUCUUCAACAAGAAGAAGCAGAACGGAGUGUGUGACAUGGAUUGCAAUUACGAGAGGUACAACUUCGAUGGUGGGGAGUGCUGCAACCCGGAGAUAACAGAAGUCACCAAGACGUGCUUUGACCCAUACUCUCCAUACAGAGCAUACUUAGAUGUCAAUGAACUGAAGAACAUCCUCAAACUGGAUGGAUCCACACACCUCAACAUCUUCUUUGCCAACUCCUCUGAGGAAGAGCUGGCUGGAGUGGCAACUUGGCCCUGGGACAAGGAGGCCUUGAUGCAUCUAGGUGGCAUUGUGCUGAAUCCUUCCUUCUAUGGCAUUCCUGGUCACACGCAUACAAUGAUCCAUGAAAUUGGGCACAGCUUGGGGCUCUACCACGUCUUCCGGGGGAUCUCAGAGAUCCUGUCCUGCAGUGAUCCAUGCAUGGAAACAGAGCCCUCCUUCGAGACCGGGGACCUCUGCAGAGACACCAACCCUGCUCCUAAGCACAAGCUGUGUGGGGAUCCCGGACCUGGCAAUGACACGUGUGGCUUUCACAGUUUCUUAAACACACCGUUCAGUAACUUCAUGAGCUAUGCAGACGAUGACUGCACCGACUCCUUCACACCCAACCAAGUGGCCAGGAUGCACUGCUACUUGGACCUGGUCUAUCAGAGCUGGCAGCCGGCAAAGAAACCAGCUCCUGUCGCCAUUGCCCCCCAGAUCGUGGCUCGGACCCCAACCUCUGUCACCCUGGAGUGGUUUCCACCCAUCGAUGGGCACUUCUUUGAAAGAGAAGUGGGAUCAGCAUGUGAUCUGUGCGUGGAGGGAAGAGUCCUGGUGCAGUAUGCCUUCAGCGCCUCGUCCCCAAUGCCCUGCGAUCCCUCGGGGCACUGGAGCCCACGGGAAGCAGAAGGGCACCCUGAUGUUGAACAGCCUUGUAAAUCCAGCGUCCGGACGUGGAGCCCCAACUCAGCUGUCAACCAGCACACGGUGCCCCCCGCCUGCCCCGAGCCCCAGGGCUGCUACCUGCAGCUGGAGUUCCGCUACCCCCUGACUCCGGAGUCCCUCACAGUGUGGGUGACAUUUGUUUCCCCCGACUGGGACUCCAGCGGAGCGGUGAAUGAUGUCAAGUUGCUCACUGUCAGUGGGAAGAACAUCUCUCUUGGGCCGCAGAACGUCUUCUGUGACAUCCCUCUGACCAUCAAGCUGGACGCAGGACAGGUGGGCGAAGAGGUGUACGGCAUCCAGAUCUACACUCUGGAUGAGCACUUGGAAAUCGAUGCUGCCAUGCUGAGCUCCGUCCCCCACAGCACGCUGUGCACAGACUGCAAACCCAUCCAAUACAAAGUGGUUCGAGACCCUCCUUUCCAGUCCGGAUCUCCCGCUGUCAUCUCGAACCUCAGCAGAAGAUUCGUUGACAUGGAGCUGAGCGACAGCACCACGUACACCUACCAGGUCAUCGUUGUUUCCGGGGCAGAACAGAGUGAGCCCUCCCCAGCACUUGUCUACGUCUCUGGGAGUGGGUACUGUGGAGAUGGAGUUAUCCAAACAGACCUGGGGGAAGAAUGUGAUGACAUGAAUAAGAUCAAUGGUGACGGCUGCUCCCUGUUCUGCCUGCAGGAGUUAUCCUUUAAUUGCAUUGAUGAACCCAGCAGGUGUUAUUUCCACGACGGCGAUGGAGUAUGCGAGGAAUUUGAGCAAAUGACCAGCAUCAAAGACUGCGGCGUUUACACUCCCAAAGGCUUCCUGGAUCAGUGGGCUUCCAACGUCUCCGUCUCCCAUCACAGCGACCAGCAGUGCCCAGGCUGGGUGGUCAUCGGUCAGCCAGCAGCAACCCAGACGUGUCGCACGAAGGUGAUUGACUUGAACGAUGGUGUUUCCCAGUAUGCCUGGUAUCCCUGCACUGCCAACUUCCAGUACUCCCACAUGGCACAGACCAUUUUCUGGCUAAAGGCUUACUUUUCCACGCCGAUGGUGGCUGCAGCAGUCCUUGUCCACUUGGUAACUGAUGGGACCUAUUACCUGGAUCAGAAGCAGGAGACCAUUGGUGUGCAGCUUUUUGACACCAAAGAGCAAAGCCACGAUCUCGGUGUCCACGUCCUGAGCUGCAGGAACAAUCCCCUGAUUAUCCCCGUCAUCCAUGACCUCAGUCACCCUUUUUAUCACACCCAGGCUGUCCUCAUUAGCUUCAGCUCCCAGUUUGUGGCCAUCUCCGGGGUGGCCCUGCGUUCCUUCCACAACUUCGACCCCAUCACCGUCAGCAGCUGCCAGCGAGGACAGACGUACAGCCCAGCAGAGCAGAGCUGUGUCCAUUACUCCUGCGAAGCCACAGACUGCCAGAAGCUGGAGAUUGACAACGCCUUGCUGAACUGCACCGGGGGUGGGUGGUACAACGGAGCCCAGUGCAACGUGAGCUGCAGGACGGGCUACAUUCUGCAAGUCCAGAGAGAUGACGAUCUCAGCAAGAGCCAGAUGGAGUCCAGCACCACCAUGACCUGCACGGAUGGGAAGUGGAGCAAGCAGGUGACCUGUGAGCCCGUGGACUGUGGUGUCCCAGACCAAUACCAUGUCUACCCAGCCACAUUCAACUGCAGUGAGGGGACCACCUUUGGCAAGAAAUGCUCCUUCACGUGCCGACCUCCUGCUCUUCUAAAAGGGAACAACAGCAACUUGACCUGCAUGGAGGAUGGGCUGUGGUCCUUUCCAGAGGCUCUGUGUGAACUGAUGUGUCGAGCACCCUCCAUCGUCCCUAAUGCAGAUCUUCAGACUACUCGUUGCCUGGAAGAUAAGCACAAAGUGGGCUCAUUUUGCAAGUACAAAUGCAAACCAGGUUACCAUGUCCCUGGAUCCUCCAGAAAAGCGAGAAAGCGGGCCUUUAAGAUCCAGUGCACUCAGGAUGGCACAUGGCUGCCAGGUGCUUGUGUGCCUGUUACGUGUGACCCUCCGCCUUCCAAGUUCCAUGGGCUCUACCAGUGCUCCAAUGGCUUCCAGUUCAACAGCGAGUGCAGGAUCAAGUGUGAAGAUGAUGACAGUCAGUCGGGCCGUGGAAGCAACGUGAUUCACUGCCGGAAGGAUGGCACCUGGAGCGGCUCCUUUCAUCUCUGCAGGGAGAUGCAGGGCCAGUGUGCUCUGCCCACGCAGCUCAACAGCCACCUGAAGCUGCAGUGCUCCGGUGGAUACGGCAUAGGUGCAGAGUGUACCACCUCGUGCCUGGACCACAGCCAUGAGCCCAUCCUGCUGCGUGUGAACGAGACCGUGCAGGACAUCCAGCAUUGGAUGAACCCCCAGAGAGUGAAGAGCGUUGUCUGCACAGCGGGACUCAAGUGGUACCCUCACCCUUCCCUGAUUCAUUGUGUCAAAGGCUGUGAGCCUUUCAUGGGAGACAACUACUGUGAUUCCAUCAACAACCGAGCCUUCUGCAACUAUGAUGGUGGGGACUGCUGUGCCUCAACAGUCAAGACCAAAAAGGUUACUCCCUUCCCUAUGUCCUGUGACCUACAAGGAGAGUGUGCUUGCCGGGACCCCAACGCCCAAGAGCACAACCAGAAAGAUCUCCGUGGCUUCAGUCUUGGGUAACGCCGAACGACGUGGAAUGGAGGACCACACUGCUCAAGGCAGGCUAGGAGAGACACCACAUCCCUUUUGGUAUCAUUUUUAACAUUUAGCUGCUCAACUGGAUGGCAUUUCUGCACCAGAGACCCUUAGAAUUCAACCAGUCUGCCUUUAAUUUUUGUCCAAGGAGAACUCAAAGUAGGGGUUUAUGUAUUAACUAUAUCUUAAAUAGCGAUGACAAGAAACAACCAAGAGUCAAGUCGAGAAGACAUUCAUGUAUCAAAACAGCAUGUUAUGCCCACCUAAUUUGAACAGUUCAUAUCUAGAUUUAAGGCGAGAAACAAGCUAUUUAUGUACACAUAUUUAUAGAAAUAAGUAGAGAAAGAGAGAAAGAGUGAGAGAUUAUGAUCAACGCAAAAACACUUUCCCCUCUCCAGCACUCACAACUCAGACCAUGUGUGGAAGAGGCUGUGCUCUUGGAGGACUCCGGGCUGAGCCUUUUCUGAUGCUGAAUGCCAAGGUAUCUCAUGCUCGGGGCACUGAUACUGGGGUGGGGUCUCUGCAGGGCUGUGCCUCUUGGCAAGUGACUUGCCAGGUGCCCAGUCGGCUCGAGACGUGGGACUCAUCUGCUCCUCACAAGAACGCUACUUCCAGCCAGAGAGCUCAGCAGACUGCAGUGAUCUUUCUGUACAGCUCCUCCUUCUCCCCCCUACCCUCAAAAAGCAAACAAAAAGCCCCCUUGUUGCCCGGCCAGAAGCCAAAGGGAUGUUUCUCUGUGGAGGUGGGCAAGUGGUCCCACUGUGGAGCCAGGGAGUGGGGAGUCACGACUGGCAUUGAGGAAUGUGGACGAUUGCUUCUGAGGAGCAGAGAGGGUAACUCGCCCCCACACUUGUCAUUUGAGCAUGUCUGCUGCUGCUACUGCUGCUGCUAUGUCCCAUACAACUAGUUUCCUUACUGUGUCAGGACAGGGUGAAAACAACCCCAUGCAACCAAACAGUCUGCCUUAAAGCUUAACCUAUAACCUGCCUUUCAAACCCUCUGGUCUCUUCCUCAGCAUUGGGGCAAGAAAACAGGACACCAGCCAGCCAAAGGAAUCUGCUUUUUGGUCUCCACCCACCCAAGAGGUUCUCUAAACCUCCUCCAUCCCACUCUUAUGGCUGUGUAUAUUUAACAACUGCUUCAUGCUCUUGUUUUCCUAGGAGAGGGGAAGAGGAGGAAGUAUGUAUUGUGGGGAGACAGUAUUAAAAUUUUGGUCAUAUUUGUCAGUAUUAAGCAUCCAGGCCUGUAGGUCAGAUAUCUUUGAAAGACCGGGAGCUUAGCUGCUUGUAAUCUUCCAGCAGGAAGGGCAUUAGCUGCAGCAGCUCUCAUAAUUCCCUUUCAUAUAGCUCCAUCCUCCUGUUUCAGCCCAGAGGGGCUCAUGUUGUGCCAGACUCUUGUGGGGCUCAUUUCAUCAUAGGGUUCAUCAUCACAUUGAGUCACUGAGAUGCCCAGUGCAUCUUAGUGCUAUUGCUGCUGUUAAAACCAUCCCACAUAAAGCCUAGAGAUGUCUUCAGCGUGGCCUGGACUUGUCUCCUGCUGCUUUGGGUUCCUGCUGCAAGGAGCACACAUCUGAAAGAGCAUCUUCCCAAAUGUUAAUUCUUCCUGUUCCUUGGGACUCUCCUGCUUUGUACAAUCUACUGGGAAAGGACAAGUUGGAAAGAUAUUUUCCUUCUCCUGCCUUUUUGAAUAUUCAGGCACUACAGCAAGGCAGAAAUCUUAAGGGAAAUCAUUUAGCUCAUGGAGAUGGAUGUAAAGAUAGAUAGGAAAACUAGAAAUGGAAAAUUGAUACUUGUAGGUGCAAAGAGCCAGGCUCUUCUCACCCACUAUUGGGGUCACCUCUAUGGGAAUAACCUGGAGAAUAAUCUCACAACCUAAAAUCUGGAGGCCUGGAGAGCAGAUGAGCAUAAGAAGGUGAGGAGCUGUCUGUUGGGAAGCUCUUGGAGAGGGCCUGGCCGUGGGAGCCGUGCGGAUGGCUCUGUACCCACUGUGCAGGGCUAUGGGGAAAGGGUGAUGCAGUGGGAUCAGGGCUCCUUCUAUGGAGCAAAGCUGAAUGGCUGCCAGUGUAGAGAGCAUUAGCAAAAACUGGUCCCUGGGCAAACUUCCACUUGUGCUUCUUGCCGCCUAAUUAACAAUGGAAAUAAGUAAUUGGGAGAAGGUUGCUUCCUUCUCAGUCAUUCAUCCUCCUUUCUGCUGGUAAUUGGUUCAUGCGCCAUCCAGCCCAUCGGAGGAGCACAGCACCUCUAAACCCUACAGGCUGUCAGCACAUCAGCACCUGAGGCGUCUUGGCAGGAACUCUCCCAUCCACACCACCCUGAUUUCAGCCUUGCAGGAAGCCCCACUUCAGGCCCUGCAUGCAUCCUGAUGGCAGACCAGUUUACAACACUCCUUUAUCAGUUCUGCAGCUCAGCAUGGAGAAGAUUUUCCAUCUGCUUUUCCCACCUAGGAAUUGCCCAAGAGAGACAGGUCUGUGUUAGCGUUAUUGCCACUUGCUGCUGUGGGCUCAGGGUCUUCUGAGUGACUCUGUCCAGCCAGGGCCAGCCUCUGCUCGCAGCAGUCCGGGGACAACCAGGUCCCUUCCCCGCACGGAGGCUUUCCAUGCUGCUAUUUGAUAUAUUAUUUUUUUUUCCAUUUUUGGCACUGUCCAUCUCCUCCAGAGGGGCUGAGAGUACCGCGAGCAGAGAUGCUGCUCUGAGUCACGUUAACUCAUGUUAAGAACGCUACAUUUUGAUUUUCCAAGGAGAUCAGAUUGCAUUAAGGGGAACAAGGAGAGGGGACUCGUGGGAUGUGAAUACCUGACCAACUGGAUGGCCUUGCAGCACCUACUGCUGUAAGGGCCUUGAUUGCCUGGUAGAGUCCUGGGGGAUGAGCCUUCAUGAUGGUGAUGGACAUCGAGUGGGAGAUGAGAGGAUGACACAGGGUGAAAUUGAACAAGAAAAUUGGGGGAAUAGGAGAAGGUGCUCAUGCUGAUGAAAUUUAGCUGCUUAUGAAGUCCAGGUCACAUCGGUGCCAAGAGCAUCUCUGUCACAGACUGUGAGCCAAGGCUGCACCCAAAGGGCCACCAGUGGUCUCCAUGGCCAGCAGGAGGGCAAGCUGGAGCAGAAAGCAGUGAAUGGUGCGGGAUGGGGUGGGAAACUCCUAUCAGCUGCUACCCCACUCCCUCCCCACCCUCUCGCAGAUGGGCUGAGCUGGUGUCAUCCCGCUUUUCUUGCAUCUCCUGCUGUCCCCUCCCAGGCUGAGAAAGGAGGAUGGCACCAGAGGACUCUUGGAGUCGGGUUCCAGCUACCUCCCUUCCGGUUUCGGUUUCACUUGGUUGUAACUGUCGGUUUGUUCUAGGUUUUACCUGUGUUUAAGAAAAAAAAAAAAAAAAGAAAAAAAAAAAGAAAAAAAAAGAAAAAAAGAGAAAAAGAAAGCCAAUAGCCAACAAAAGUUUCUUGCUACAAAGGAUUCAAGUGGGAAAAAAAAAAAACAACAACAAAAAUAGGAGAAAAGAAAACCCACAUAAUCCAAAUCCAAGAAGAGAGAAGAGCAAAGCCUAUUUUUGUGAGUUUGAAAGGAAAACACUGAUUCUGCCAGCUGAGUAGAGGUAGAUACUUAAGUGUAGAUUUCCCUAGAAGUACUGUGAGGUUUUAUAACAUUGUCUGGUUUUGUUUUCCUUGUGCUUUGUGAUAAGUCCAGGAACUAAGACUAAGGUAUUUUUUUCCCCUGGUAUAUUGUUGUUUGGGGGGAGGGUGGUGUUUAUUUUUUUUUUUUCCAGAUUAUUUUUGGUUGGUUUGUUUGUUUUUUUAAGCGAGUAUUUGUGCUCAUUUUUACAUUAACCAACUGUACAUACACGUAUAACCAGUAUUUCAGUGUGCUCUAAUUACUGCACUCAGAAGCACUGCACAGUCUGAAUCCCGAAGAGUUGCAAGAGGUUGGGAAUGAGUGGGAGGAGAUAGGUGAUCCCAUUAGUGGUGUGCUGAUGUCUGCACUCCUGCCCCAUCAAUCCCAAUUGAGGCCAAGCUAGAAAACAGGAGGUGUUGCAGUGAGGUCAGGUGAGGCUGGGAUGCCCAAGGGUAUUUCAGAGCUGGAGAUCUGUCCUUUUAAUUUUUUUGGAUGCCAUGGAAAUCACCACCUCUUUGGCCUCGUCUGACCUCCCCUGCUCAAUCCAUGAUGCCUCACUGACACUCGGUGGGUGUGUUUGGGUCAAUGGGAGGAGACCCUCUGCCCAGCUUAGACAGCACUCUCCAUACCGUCAUGGUUGUGAUCUCAGUGGUCCCAUGUAAGUUUCAGUGGUGCAAUGAAGGUGAUACCCUUCACAUUUGUUCCAUGCCAUCCCAUCCUCCAGCUGUGGCCAUCUCCCUUGAGUGGGCAGCUGGCCUUGUUGUGCACCUUCAAGGCCAGGGACGAGUCCUCUUGUCUCUGGAAGUUGCUGACCACUGAGGUCAAUGGGAGCAUGAACCGAAGCUCUGAUGACCAAGGCCCCAGCAGGCCCAGGUGGCCCAAGAUGUUUUUUCUUGGAGCUAUGGCUCAUUUGGGCAAUCGGAGUUCGUGUUGGGCUGUUCUUGCCACCUGGGGAACCAGUGUUCAAAGCCGCUGGUCGUGUCAGCAGGAGCAGAGCAGGGCCUAAGGUUUUGUUUCAGUUUUAGUUUUGCAAGCGGAUUUUUUCCCCUUUUCACCUGAUCUACACAUCCAAGAUUCAUUAAGAAUAAUAAUCGCUUCUUCUGAGGCCAGAACCAAGAGCUUGCGUUGGCUUCACGUGACAGACGAGGAUCUUGGUGCUACUUGGUGUUGUUAGUCCUGUUAGGUCGAGAUGCAGAGCUAUGAGUCCAAUUUGUCUUCGGUUCCCAUUCUGGCUUGGGUUGGUCUUUUGUUUUUUUCAUUCGUUUGGUGAGGCCACAAUUCAGCCACCAGUUUCCAUCUUCUGAGUGUGAAGAACCAGGGCUUUAAUGAAACAUUUCACCAGCAAUUAAAGAGGGAAUUGGAACCAUUGUGGAACUUGCAUUGUACGGCCUCUGUAAUUACGUACCUGUCUGCAGAUGAUAGGCUGAAUUUUGCUUCCACCAAGUCAACAGGGGUUUUUGUUGUUGUUGUUGUUGUUGUUGUUGACUUCACUGGGAGCAGGA